GCUGUUGGUGAGCUUAGAACUGAUAUGUAUGUUGUUAUUCGGCAGGCAUCUAUUGUGGUUUCAGCUGUUGCUGUAAUUCUUCACAAUGUCGGAUGGUCAGGAGACUGAUAAGAACAUUGAGAUAUGGAAGAUCAAGAAGUUGAUCAAGGCCCUUGAAGCUGCUAGGGGUAAUGGGACCAGCAUGAUUUCUCUCAUCAUGCCUCCCCGCGAUCAGAUCUCUCGUGUAACUAAGAUGCUUGGCGAUGAGUUUGGUACUGCUUCUAAUAUCAAGAGUAGAGUGAAUCGUCAGUCAGUUCUGGGGGCGAUUACAUCUGCUCAGCAGCGGCUCAAGCUUUACAACAAGGUUCCUCCUAACGGGCUUGUUCUGUAUACUGGAACAAUUGUUACUGACGACGGGAAGGAAAAGAAGGUGACAAUUGAUUUUGAGCCUUUCAGGCCUAUCAAUGCGUCUCUUUACCUCUGUGAUAACAAGUUCCAUAUUGAAGCUCUGAAUGAACUCUUGGAAUCUGAUGACAAAUUUGGGUUCAUUGUGAUGGAUGGUAAUGGGACUCUUUUCGGGACACUAAGUGGCAACACAAGAGAGGUGCUCCAUAAAUUUAGUGUUGACCUGCCAAAGAAACACGGAAGAGGAGGACAAUCAGCUCUUCGUUUUGCUCGUCUUCGAAUGGAGAAGCGUCACAACUAUGUUAGGAAGACAGCAGAGCUUGCCACACAGUUCUUCAUUAAUCCCGCCACCAGCCAGCCGAAUGUUUCAGGAUUGAUACUAGCUGGAUCUGCUGACUUUAAGACUGAGCUUAGUCAGUCAGAUAUGUUUGAUCCCCGUCUCCAGGCCAAGAUUCUCAAUGUGGUGGAUGUUUCUUAUGGAGGAGAGAAUGGCUUUAACCAGGCUAUUGAGUUGUCAGCUGAGAUCCUGUCUAAUGUGAAGUUCAUACAGGAGAAGAAGUUGAUCGGAAAGUACUUUGAGGAAAUAAGUCAGGAUACUGGGAAGUAUGUUUUUGGUGUAGAUGACACACUUAAAGCCCUGGAGAUGGGUGCUGUUGAGAUACUUAUUGUGUGGGAAAGUCUGGACAUCAAUAGGUAUGUUCUAAAACAUAGCAGUACUGGUGAGAUCAUGGUGAAGCAUUUAAACAAGGAGCAGGAAAGCAAUCAAAGCAACUUCAGGGAUGCUGAGACCAAUGCAGAACUAGAGGUUCAGGACAAGACAUCACUAUUGGAGUGGUUUGCUAAUGAGUACCGGCGGUUUGGGUGUUCACUUGAGUUUGUGACCAACAAAUCACAAGAGGGGUCACAGUUCUGCCGAGGUUUUGGAGGGAUUGGAGGAAUUCUCCGCUACCAGCUUGACAUGAGGUCGUUCGAUGAGUUUUCUGACGAUGGUGAAGUGUAUGAUGAUUCUGAAUAGCAAUCAAUCAUCUCUUCCCCAGUGCUGGUGCAGGAAGGUGGGGGUAAAAAAGCCUGCACCAGCGUGCGCGGAGUUGCGGUUGCUACUGCUGCUCUAGAGUCUGUGCUUAAUGGUUUAUCAGGCUUGAUCAAGGUUCCACUUUUUGAUCCUGAAAAGCUUAAUGCGGUGAUUUCAUCUGGAUCAUUGAAGGGGCUUGACAGAUCGGCAACAUGGAAACGGGACAUUAUGCCACAAGCUACUUCUUUUGGAUCAAGACCUAUCGAAUAUAUGCACCGAUACCCCCAGAAGGAUUGUGGACCUGCUGUUGGUUAAAGUUCUAUACUUGGUGGAUUUGCUGUUGGUUAAAGUAUCAUACUUGGUGGAUUUGCUUACUAUUUUAGUCUGUUCUAUCAAACAGUUUGCUGUAGCAUUCAACCCUUAGAUAUCCCACAUCUUUGAGAUGUAGCCGGUCUUAAAUAAUGGGUAGUGCUUUUGUGUCAACUAUUAUGCAUUUAUACAUGGUGGUUUCCUUGUGACUCUAAGCAGCAAUUUACUUGUAGCUUAGCUCCCCUUCUGUUAAGAUGUGAGCUGGGCUUGAACAAUGACGUUUCAAACUAUCUUAUAUGUAGUCAAUUUCAUCCUAUUUUCUUUCUU